AUGGCCGCUAAUUUGUGUGAGAGACUCCAACAGCAGACUUCGCUGUCAGGUCAAGCAGCAAGGGGCACAGGUCAUCACCAUGGUAACCACAGGCAAAGAGAGCAUCAGUCUCAGAGGAUAACAUUUGGUGCGAGGGGAUCUGGACAAGGGAUCUGGACAAGGACAGUUCCUGUUGUUGGUGUUACAGUGUCAGAUGAAGGGGAGAUCUUUGUAGCAGACAAUUUUAGGAGAAUCAAAGUCUUCACCCUGCAGGGAACAUUUGUGAAACAGUUCCCAACAGUCGUGUCAGCUGGAGAUAAGAUGAGACCACAUGAUGUGGCCAUGGACGGGGAGGGGAACCUGUGGGUGGUGGGGAGGAUAAUGCCAGGGUCCGCUGAGUUUGCUGUGCAGUACAACAAACAAGGCAAGGUGCUGAGGAAGUUUGACCUCCAGGAGACAGGUCAUUACAGAGGAGUUGCCGUGGACACCAGGAGGAACCACAUUCUCAUCACACAAACCACAGGACACGGGGACAACACAUGUGGUGAAGUUUUGGUGUUCAAGUCAAAUCGGACACCAGUGGGAACUGUGGGUCAGCAACAGAGGAUGAAGUGCCCACGGUACAUCACUGUUGAUCGCGAGGGGAACAUUCUUGUGUCGGACUUGAGCACUCACUGUGUCUAUGUGUACAAUGAGGACGGACACUUUCUGUUCCAGUUUGGAGGUGAGGGAAGUGGUGAAGGUCAGCUGAAUGAGCCCCAUGGCAUCUGUACAGACAGGGCAGGUAACAUCAUUGUGGCAGACAGUGGAAACAGGCGUUUGGUGAUAUUUGACAAGACAGGCAGAUUCCUCAAGCAUAUCACUACUGGCAUGAAGAGGCAGAGGGCUGUUGCCAUGGCAAGACAGGGACAGCUGGUAGUGACUGCCCUAGGGAACAACACAGUCUCCAUAUUUCCCACCUACUGA